AUGGACAAGGCCCGCGUUUCGGCCGCGCGGCUUGGGGCCCGGGUGUGCGCGUAUCUCGUGAGGCUGUAUCAGAGCCUGCAGCGCUUCUGGAGCGUCCACGUCGUGGGCUUUUUCCGGAGCAAGAAAGAGCAAGAACACAUCCCUUCAGCCGAGUGUAUUUUCCACAAAGAGAAAAUUGAGGUGCUUGGCCAGAAGCUGAAGAACCAGUCUCUGGCCGUCGAGGAGCGGGCUCAGGCUGCCUACCGGAUGGGCAUGCUGGCCUUCACAGGAGGCCCAACGGCCGGGAAGUUUGCAGCCAAGCACAUGAAAGAAGUGGCUCUCUUGCUGCAACAGCCAAAGAUGGAGCCGAAGACAAGAAUCCUGCUGCUCCAGAGCGUGGCCUGCUGGUGCUACCUAAACCCCGUCGCCCAGAAGAGAGCCAAGUUUCUGCAGUUUGUCCCGGUCCUCACCGCGCUCUUGGAGAGCCUGCCCGAGUCGGGCAGCAAGACUGCGAUCAGCAGCAACCUCCUGGUGAAGUUCUGGACGUGCUACGUCCUCUCUGUCAUGAUCUGCAACAACCUGUCCUUCAUGGAGGAGCUGAAGGACCAGCAGAGCCUGAAGUGCCACCUGCAGGUGCUGGCCAGCGAGAACUGGGUAGGGUGGCCCGAGAACUUCGCGGAGGUGGUGUAUUUCCUGAUCGGUUUCCACAGGCACUAGCUCCUCUAGGGCAGUUCCCAGCCGCCUGCACCGUGGGAGGGC